ACUGUCUUCCUCACAUGACCCGUGUGUUUGUCCCCGUGAUCAGCGCUUCCAUCUCCGUAAAUCAGUGUCGUUGAUCGCCGGCGUCCUUCCACCCGCAGACCUUCAUGGAUUUGCUGGAGCAGAGCCUGGACAGCUCGGCGAGUCACGACAAACAGGAAACCGAGGAGGUGGUGCAGUUGCAGGAAGGUGAGGCCGUGGGGACGGAGGAGCAGACUGCAGUGACCAUCACUGGUGUCCCUCAGGCUGCGUUCGCUGACCACAAUGUGCAGUAUCAGUUUCGCACAGAGAACAGUGGCGGGCAGGUGACGUACCGCGUGGUUCAGGUGACGGACGAGCUGGAGGCGGCGGCCGACGGGACCGGCGCCGUCAGCGUGGUCUCCGCCGCGGCGUUCGCCGGAGCCCCUCAGGCCGUGGCGCAGGCUGUGAUCCAGAACCCGUUCAGCAACGGCGGCAGCCCCGGCGGCGACGCGGUGGGAGGGGAGGCCCGCUUCGCCUACUUCCCCGCCGCCACCGUCAGCGAUGGCACCGCAACGGCCGUGUCGGUGCAGGCCGCCGACCCGACCAUCACGCAGGCGGGAGGUCAGUUUUACGUGAUGAUGAGUCCUCCUGAAGUGCUGCAGACGACGACCCAGCGCACCAUCGCGCCUCGCACACACACCUACACCACAGACCUUGGUGAUGGCGAGAUGUUGCAGCAUGGCAGCACUAACUGGAAGGUGGAGGGUCCUCGGGCGCCCAGAGACGAGAGGAGACGAGCGCAGCACAACGAAGUGGAGAGAAGGAGGAGAGACAAAAUCAACAACUGGAUCGUGACCCUGUCAAAGAUCAUCCCUGACUGCAGUGUCGACAGCAGAACUGGAGCGAGCAAAGGCGGCAUUCUGUCCAAAGCUUGCGACUACAUCCGCGAGCUGCGGCAGAACAACCAGCGGCUGCAGGAGAGCUACAAGGACGUGGAGCGGGUGGAGAUGGACAACGAGCUGCUGAGGCAACAGAUCGAGGAGCUGAAGAACGACAACGCGCUGCUUCGAGCGCAGCUGCAGCAGCACGGCAUCGAGGUCAACGGGGACGCGACGCCGCAGUGAUCGCGGCCUGGACACGUCCCGAACUGUGCUCCCGAACGAAUAACAGUGAGAGGCAGUUUUCCCUCCAUCUGAAAUCGGAACACCGAAAACACACACAACCGCAGAGCCCGACGAACACUGACGGACUGAAGGCGCCUCCUGCACCUCCAGCCGUUGAAAGACGCAGCAACCUGCGUCGGCAACCGAACCCCUCACGUCCGCUUCAAGGAAAACGGCCUCUGCGCAGCCUCCACGCUUGCACCAAACGUUCUUUUACUUCAAACUAUGAACCUGCAGGAGAGUUUCUUUUUAUCAAUUCCACCUUUUUAUCGUACCGCGACCUUCAACUCCUUCCUUGUUUUGAAUUGGUGUUUUUGAAAACUAGUAAAUGUGACAUGAAUGAUAGCUCCCAUUUACUUUUAAUUUAUUAGUCUUUAAUGAAUAUAUACACUUAAAAGCAAAAGAAAACGAUUUCUGCGUUUCCUUCUCCAGCGACGAACCCGACUCACCGCUGUCACUCAGGACACUCGCAGUGUCAGCAAUCGCGUGUGUGAAGGACACUGACGCUCCAACAGCACGUGUACGAGCUCCAGUACUGUUGACGUGAGGAGAGCAGGCCGCUUUGAGAUCGCAGGGUUUUCUUCGUAGUGCAGGGCCUGUGGGAGAGGCCAGGUGUUAACAUAGCUCAGGUAAAUGGGAUAGUGCACUGGCAGGUGGUUCCCAGAGUCAAUGACGGCUUUGCAUAGACGGUCUAGGUUGGUUUUUCUGUGUGGGGAACAGAUCAAUGAGACUAUGGAUGAAUUUCAGUGUGUGAAUAUUUUUAAUGGGCAUUAAAAUCAAGUUUGUCUGUAUAUCUGCUUAAAGGGUCACUGGUGUAAUGCACUGAGAUACAGGUUUAAGACCCGCCUCUGUUUGGGCCCAGUAGUUCUACUGGACGGAGGUGAACCAGCCUCUAGGUCUUAGAACCUGCGGGAACCUGCUGAUGGACGACUAUGACACCACCAUGGUCAGAAGUUUGCUGAGGGCAGUUUGGGUUGGAGUGAUGGAAGUAGCUACUAACCAGCUUUUGUCUACACUGAAAGUCACCACAGCAUGAAAACAUAACCACUGGCAUGACUCAUUCUGAUACGACAAUAAAACAGAAGUCUUUA